AUGCUACCUCCGGCCGUCAAUAACGGCAUGCUCUCUGAACUUCUCCAGACGGGCAAGUUCAGCGACUGCACCAUCACCUGCCAGGGAAAGAAGUUUAAGCUUCACAAAGUCGUCGUCUGUGCCCAGUCUCCCGUCAUCGCCUCGGCUUUGGAGAAGGCCUCAAAGGAGUCACGGAGCAGCUCGCUCCACAUCACAGGCUUCGACCUUGCCACAGUCGAAUGCAUGGUUGAUUUCCUCUAUCACGAGGACUACAUCAUCAACGGAGAUGUCCUCUGCAUGGCCAACACGUCUGAGUGGGCGCCUCCUCCCAACAUGCAAGGUAACGGCCUCUCUCCCGUGCGUCUUGCGUCUGGUGAAUUCCGAUUCUCAUCAUUUGCAGUCAGCGGAUCUGGAAACAGCACGCUCGAAACUCUGCCUCCGGGCCCCUCUCCUCCAUCUACUCCUCCCCCGGCCGUGGUGCGCGAUAGCCUCCUUUGCCAUGUCGAAGUGAACGCGAUUGGCCAUUACUAUAAGCUGCCUAAGCUUUGCGAUCGCGCAACCAGGUACAUCCAGGACAUCAUCUCAAGCGACGAGUUCCCCGUCGAAAUAUUUCCGUACCUAGCCAUUGCCGCCCACAAAUCGAGUGAGGACACCCAGCUCCACGAUCUGGUUUUUUCCUUCGCCGCGGAGCACGUCCAGAUACUGUUGAACACUACCGGUUUCGAAAAGCUCAUGGCCCUGCCCAACUUCGGCUUGAAGCUCCUCCAAAAGACUGUUGCCAAGCUGCAGGCGAAUGAGAAUCAGCUUGCGAAGAUCCAGGAUCAAAGGGUGCGGGAUCAAGAGAACAUCGACAGACUCCAGCAAAACCUCUCUGGCCUGAAGGACAGUUUUUCGGCCGUAUCUACAGAGUGUGACCUUGCCACCAAGAACUUGGACUUGGUGAUGGAACGCGACAGUGCUCAACGUGCACUUGACGAGGAGAGAAAGCAGAAACUCGCAGCCGUGUCUGGAUGCGACCGCAUCAAGCAGGAUUACGAGUCAGAGAGAACUAGAGCAGCGGCUCUGCUGUCCUCGCGCGACAGCCUUCAAAAGGCCCUCGACACUGAAAAGCAGAAUUACGCGAAGUUGUGGUCUGAACGCGACGCACUGCAGCAGCGAAUGACGACUCUGACCACCCAACACAACAGUGUCACUGCUCAGAAAAACACAGCCAGAAACGAACUGGCAGCAUUGGAAAAGAAGAUUGACGACCUCCUGGACAUUGUGGAAAACCGCGACGAUUGCCGCAACUGUGGAAAUGAUUUCGGCUGCUGGAUCGAGGAUGUCGACACCAGCUUCAUCCUACGUUGUGACAACUGCAGGUGCCGGCAUUACAAUUGA